CCUUGCCGGCGGGAGCGCGCGCGUUGGGGUUGCCAUGGCGGUGUGGGACGCUGCGCGGCCGACGCGGAAGGAUCCGGCGGAGCACUAAUCUAGCCAUGGGUAGUGUGAAUGGCUCAGAAGGUCCCUGGCUACAAAGAUUUGCAAAUGGGAAACCUGUGAGAAAACCCAAGCGGCAACAGCCUUGGAGGGCACCACCUGACCAAAGCCGAGACAUCAUUGCUUCUGCUCAGUGCAUCUUGGACAGAGAAAAUUUUGUGAGGGAGAUGGACAGAUAUUUGAAGCACAAUGAUUUCCUACAUCUGAGAAAGACAGAGCUUCUGUACAAAAAAUAUCUUGAGAAUGUUUCAGAGCCAUUUAUGCAGAAAAUGAAGGACCAAAUGGUCAGCCAGUCACAGAAAGAAGUGUGGAAAAGGAGACAAGAACAAUACUCUCAAUAUUUAAACUACUGUACAAAGAAGGGCUAUGUGUUUUUGGAUGAUUAUGACCCAUCAGAGUACGAUCCAUUCUUCCAGAAGACAUGCACAAACUGCUGGAAGGUGAUGAAAGUCAUCAACCAGAACAAUGACAGAGCCAAUGAUGUCUGUCACCUGUGCUCCAGCUGACCACAGCAGCAAGCACAGCCAUCAAAGGUACCCUUUACAAAAUAGGUUACAUGCACUGCCACAGCAAGUGAGAACAGGCCAGCCCUUUGGGCAAACUGCAAUAAACUUACUGUCUCAAA